CGUAAAUUACGUCUGACGUCAGAGCGUCAGCUGGCCGAAUGUUUACAUCCAGCAGUGGUGUGUUUGUGACUGGAUCCCUCCAACAACAAAAGCCUGGACACAAGGAAACCCGCUAAGCAGAUCAUAUCAGUCGGCAUUUUCACAAGUCAAGAUGGGUGGAGCUGUGAGUGCCGGUGAGGACAAUGACGACUUGAUUGACAACCUGAAGGAAGCUUACUACAUCCGAUCAGACCUAGUGGAGCGGGCUUUUCGAGCCAUCGACAGGGCCGACUAUUACCUGGAUGAAUACCGGGACAACGCUUACAAGGACUUGGCAUGGCGGCAUGGAAACAUCCACCUGUCUGCUCCAUGUAUCUACUCUGAGGUGAUGGAGGCUUUGGAUCUCCAUCCAGGCCUCUCCUUCCUCAACCUUGGCAGUGGGACCGGCUACCUCAGCACCAUGGUCGGCCUCAUACUGGGACCAUUUGGAGUGAAUCAUGGAAUAGAGUUACAUGCAGAUGUGAUUGAGUAUGCCUACCAGAAACUCGACUCCUUCAUCAAAACCAGCGACAGCUUUGACAAAUUUGAGUUCUGUGAGCCGUCCUUCGUUGUGGGUAACUGCCUGGAGAUUCCUCCAGAGAGCCGUCAGUAUCACAGGGUGUACUGCGGCGCCGGGGUGCAGAAGGAGCACGAGGAUUACAUGAAGAACCUGCUCAAGGUGGGGGGCAUCCUGGUGAUGCCGCUGGAGGAAAAGUUGACCAAGAUCACCCGGACGGGGUCGAACAGCUGGGAGACCAAAAAGAUCAUCUCUGUGUCCUUCGCUCCUCUGGUGCUGCCUAAACACAGCACAAAUGGCAAACCCAAGACUGUCCCACUACCCAAGUAUGAAGUACGGACGUUACAGGAGCUGGCUCGUAUCUGCAUCCGCCACACCCUCAGAGUGACCACAAAUGCAGGAGACAGCCAGUCACGUGGCCGAGGUUCCUCGUUCAGCGUGGGCAGGGGUCUGGCGGUGGCCGGGCUCCAUAAGUACGGCCCUCGCUUCAAACGCCGACGCGUCCACCGGCGCCACUGCAACGCCCUAGUCCUGGCCACCCGUCAGGUGGUGGCCAGCAGUGGUAUCGGCCCCGCUCCUCUGGACAGCAACAACAACCAGGGAGGGAGAGCGGAGGACGAGGAGGAGGCAGGAGAGAGGGAGGCGAGGCGGCAGAUGAGAGGGAGCAGGAGGGCGGGGAGAGGAGCAGGAGGGGUGGUGGAAGAGGAGGAGACGGUGGAGGAAGAGGACGAAGAGGAAGAGCAGGAGGAAGAGGAGGAGGAGAAGGAGACCGGGGAGCUGCUCCGGCCCCAGCCAGCCGUGAACGUGCUUAGAGAGAGGAUACUGGGCCUGCCGCUGCCCGAGCCUCUGAAGAUGUACCUGCUGUACUACAGAGAGAAAUGAAGAUGAAGCCAGGUCCUGAGUCCCGGAGCUGAAAGCAACAACCCCCAGCAGAGGUUGUUACAACCCCACCACCACCUGUACAAGGCAGGACAACAUGCCACCUACCUUACCGACCCCCAGCUCCAACAUCUCUCUCUCACCUGUUCUCAUCCUCUUCAUCAUCCAUUCUCUUUCCUACUCCCUCUUUUUCGCCCUGCCUCCCACUGUUGUUUACUUGAUUCAUUUCCUGACACUCUAAAGAGUCAGUUCAAUUUGUCCAGUGGAGGGGAGGGAGGGAGGGGGGGGUUAUGCUACUUUGGGAAUGCAAACCAUUCAUGCCAAUAUUUCGGACAACCAAACAGUCACUGAUAAACUUUGUGUCACCUUUUGUGGUGCAAAGAAAUAGAUAUUGGUACAUAAUACAUCUGCAGUUUAUCAAUUUGCGCUACAGCUCUGCAGCUCUGUAUAACUAACAUGCUAAUCGAGCAUUUCCUAAAAACAGCUAAACAGUCCACAGUUGCCUGAGUAUCCACAGCUUGGAAAGGCAACAUAGUGGUGUUGAGAAGGUAAGUCUACAGUGGCAGACUAGACACGGCAACAGAGUUCAGACACUGUAGCAACAAGCAGAGAGAGCCACAGGGCUUUCCACCUCUUUUCUACCCACUAAUUGCAGCUGUGCCCCACGUUCGAGGUUAUACAGUGAUUGUAUAAGUCGUGUGAAUGCGGGUUUGUCCACAUGAGGUGGUGUGUAUUAUCAUCUAAUGGGGACGGUGACGUUUUAGAAAAGAAGACAGAGUUGGCCAAAGCUCAGCUUUGUGAGUGAAGAAGAUGUGCUUUCAAAGAUUCAGUGAUGUGAGAGUUGUAUUUUCUCUUUCACCAUAUAUUAUUAUACAUAUUUAAUGAUGUUGUAGCUACAGCGAGUAGGCGGUUGUAUUCAUUUCCACUGAGUUCCAAAUAAAAGAGGAGCUUUGUCUUGAGCCCUCAGUCCAUUAGAUAAUUUAACUUAAAUUAUCUGCUUUUCCAAGGCCAAGGGUUGACCAUUAUUUCAAGCAUUUAUAGUAGAAAAGUUGAUUUAACAGGAGCCUGAAUUUUCGCUUUUUCUAUGCAUAUGUUUAAUUGUAUGUGUCAUUGUAUGAGUUAAAGUCUGUCUUUGUCUGCUGACGAAGAUGAAACUGGCCUAAAUCCUUACAUUGUUGUUCUUGUGUAUCCAAAGGGCAGUCUCACUGUUUUUCUCUACAUCCCAUUGUAUUCUCUUAACUUAAAGAGAAUGACCAUAAAAGAUCACAUACUUACUAAUAUUCCAAUUUACAUAAAUAAACCAGCAUGAUAAAAACACAUAACUAAUGUUUUUGAUUAUUGACAGUGUGCAGGUUUUCUCUCACUGUGCUCUCGUUUUUUUUGUUUUUUUUCUUGUAAUAUUUAGAUUUUUGAAUUUUGUGAGACUUGAAGUGGUGUGUGCAUAUGGAAUUGUUAUAUGUUUUGUUUUGUGAAUCAUAAAAAAAUGCAAAGAUACUUUGAUAAAUAGAAGAAGUAUCUUUAUCACAUUUUCCUGAUGUAGUUACUUGUUAGAUGGGGCAUUAUUCCUUUGUAUUUUUUGCUUUUGUACCAAACUUUCUGCUCCCUUCUGUGCCAAACUUAAGUUGCAUGGACUCGAUUCUCGAGAGGAAACGGCAGAUCAACGGCAAGUCACUCAUCUGAAGACAAAUGCGGUUUUUCCAUUUCAGAAACUGCUCCACUACCACUGAAAUGAGACUUGUGGUUAAAUAUGUAUUAGUUUUUAAUCAUGUUAAACAUUAGAUUUCUCCCAGUUUGUAUCUGAAGAAUGUCUGUGAUGAGUAGCAAAGUGAUCUUUGCAGAAGAGCCCUACAUCACUAGAUACAGUUAAUUAGAUAAAUUAUGGAUGUGAUCACAGUAAUAGAAGAAGGAUUUGAAUGUGUGCUUCUUAUAUUGGUAAUAUAUCCAAGAUUGAAUGGGAGGAUUGUGUAUACAAAGCAGGUCCUUAUCAGGCCAGGAGACUCACAUCCCUGUGAUUCCUGAGUGUAAUGUCAUGCUUCAGUGUUUGGCCGAUUGUCCAUUUCAACUACUGCUGGAUCUGCCUUGGAGUACUGUAUCGACACCAUUCCUUUAUUCAACAUGAGUACCAUUCAUGUUUGGUCGUUGUGCAGCUGUGAUUUUCUUCCGAAUGUAUAGGAUCAUGAUGGGGUUUUUUUUGCACUAACAUUAAGUUUUGGUGAGAAUGACUUGCUUGUUGUUUUUGAGCUAUAUUAUUGACUGCUGUUAAUAAAGUCCAUUAUACAAAA